UAUUCUGGAUGUGGACCAAUCGCCGGGUCGCCCCGACGCCAGCCCCACAAUUUGUACUAGUAGUAAAUACAACCCGCAGGGAAGAGGAGGGGGGCGAGACUGGUAGUGAAACAAAAAUAUGAACUGUGGAGUACGGCGAAAGGACUUCUCCCUGUCAGUCCAGACUUGGUUGCUAACAGCUACGUUUAUACGUGUAAAAUAGCUUUUUUAAGCGCUUGUCGUAGCGUCGGUUUGAAACGCGAAGCGGGGAAGUUCGGGUAGUUAAAGGGGCCAAACCAAAUAACGACCUACUAGUACUACGACUAGGGACGUUACUUGUCUCCCCCUCCUCCCCCUUGCCGGUCGUUCAUUUGUUUCUAUAACCGGGAAUCUUUAUGGCCCUCCGUCGCCGAAGACAGGGCGUUUAAGCUGACUUGCGGGAUAGCUUUGCGGUCCGCAGGCCUGUAGUGUUUGUAAGAAGGUCCGUCCUGGGACUGGAGUUGGACGGAGUGUAAAAUACCUGUUUUCCUCAGUCAGCAGUGCGCUUGUGAAACUGCAUAGUCAUGGGUGCAUUGAUCCUUUCAUAUAGGUGCAUGUUUUCUUUAUCAAUUUAAUGCAACCAAAGACGCCAGAAAACACUUGCCUGGCUCAGCGGAGGGUGUAAGAUCGUCUUCUUCCUUCAUGGCUUCAGUUCGAUAACUUCUUGUUUUUUUUCUUACGUUGAUGCUCCAUUCAAAGAUAAUCUGCCGGUUACAGAUUGUCUUGGCGAUAGUAUUUUGUCACCGACCACCACUGUGGCAGAUGUCACCAAACUUACAGGGAACCUGAUCGAGAAGCGUCUGCGAAGGGCACAAGACAUCGACUCCUUAAUGGUUGGGCGACUGCGCUUGAAAGCUGCGAGUUUGUGACAGAGCCCAGAAGCAGAGUUGAAGGAAGGCGAAAUGUCCGAUCUGAAUAAAGAACUGGUUGAUCUGGUCUGGGGAAGACCGUCUGGAAGCAGUAUGCCAAACACUGUUUUCUGCAGAUGGACUCAAGGAUUCGUCUUCAGUGAGGCGGAGCACACUGCCCUGGAACAGUUCGAAGGAGGUCCCUGUGCAGUUAUUGCCCCAGUGCAGGCUUUUCUGCUGAAGAAUAUCCUGUUUAACUCUGAGAGGUCCAACUGGAGAGAGUGCUCAGAGGAAGACCAAAAAGCUGUUCUCUGCUACACCUUGAGUGAAAUUCUAGAAACCGCUUGUUUCAAUAAAUCAAAGUCCUACUGUUUAGCGACGUGGUCAAAGGGGAAAGUGUCAGAAGACAAUUCUAGCAUUUCUGAAAGCAGCCCAGAAUCCAGUCAGCAAAGUGAAGACGAGCAGCAUUGCUUAGCUGCACUGGCUACUGAAGAGCUUGGCUUUGAGCGGUUUCAUACAAUUAUUCAGAAAAGGAUACUGAAAACAUCUGGGGAAAUGAAGGAAGCAGUGCUGGAUCUGUAUGACACAUGGAGGAACAAGUUUGGAGUGCUACUAUUUCUUUAUUCUGUCAUAUUGACAAAGGGUAUUGAAAACAUAAAGAAUGAGAUUGAAGAUGCUACAGAACCUCUGAUAGACCCUGUCUAUGGUCAUGGAAGUCAGAGUUUAAUCAACCUCCUGCUGACAGGCCAUGCAGUGUCCAAUGUUUGGGAUGGAGACCGGGAAUGCUCUGGAAUGAAGCUGCAUGGUAUACACAGCCAAGCAACUAUAGGCUUUCUUACAUUAAUGGAGUCUUUACAAUAUUGUAAGGUUGGGGCUUUUCUCAAGUCUCCAAAGUUCCCUAUUUGGAUACUUGGCAGUGAAACGCACCUCACUGUGUUCUUUGCCAAGGAAAUGUCCCUGGUUGCUCCUGAAUCGCCAUCAGAACAAGCUAGAAGAGUUUUCCAGACCUAUGACCCAGAAGAUAAUGGGUUUAUACCUGAUACACUACUGGAGGAUGUAAUGAAAGCCCUGGACCUUGUCUCAGAGCCUGAAUACGUAAACAUCAUGAAGAAUAAAUUAGACCCGGAAGGUUUAGGGAUCAUAUUGCUGGGACCAUUCCUACAGGAGUUUUUUCCUGAUCAGGACUCUGGGAUUCCAGACUCAUUUCCUGUCUUUCACUACAAUGGUCUGAAACAGUCAAACCACAAUGAAAAGGUCAUGUAUGUUGAAGGAACAUCCUUGAUUUUAGGAUUUGAAGACCCGAUGGUACGCACUGAUGACACUCCGAUCAAGCGAUGCCUUCAGACUAAGUGGCCAUAUAUUGAAUUAUUGUGGGCCACAGAUCGGUCUCCUUCAUUGAAUUAAUUCUUACCUCUGCCAGAAUAUUCCUUAAAAACACAAAUGCUAUGAGCAAAAUAUUUUUCACUUUGUUUAAAAAAACCUGUUUCAGUUUGGAACAUUGAGUUUUGUUUGUCACUGUCUGUUUCACAAAGAAAAAAUAGUGUGUACUUUUACUUUAAUUUUCAAAAUAACUUGUUUUACUUUGAAAUAUUGAAUA